CACUUAUUUAGUCUAAAACAGAAGAUGAUAUGAAAAUCACAAGAAAUUGAUGAUGCCAUCUAAGCACGGAGUCUGAAAACAAAUCCUACCCCCUUUUUUUCUGUUAUGCCGCUGCAUAACCACACCUAUUACAUGAGAUCCUGUGCAGAGAAGCUAGUUAGCAUAUGCUUGAUUAACAUAUAUUUGAUGCCAAUAGUGUCUUUAUUAUCAUACUUGUCUGCAAGAUAUGCAUAUUGGAUUUUGCUGAUCAUAUAUAAAUUAUUAUUUCAAGCAUACAAGCAACGCAGUACUUGCGGAUGAUCUUGAAGAUCACAUUUUGGUGCUAUUCUAUGUCAUUUGUCGUAUUUAUUGUAAUAGUACUCGACUACUUUUUCUAAUCAAGAAAAAGAUGAAACGAAACCAAGUACAGAUGAAGCCUCUCAAAGACCUUGAAUG